GCGAAUGUUGGCUUUGCUUCUCAUCGCAUUGGCUUUCGGCGUCUACUGCUACUACUAUACCGUGUCCCCAGCGUACCCUAAACCAGCGAACUUGAUCAACGGCGAUUUGAACUCGAAGUCUCUGCAAUAUGUCCGCAAUACGCAACGCGCUCUGCAAGAGAAGCCGUUCACCGACCAGUGCCCGCUGGUCCGCGACAGCGUGGCGGAGAUAGACACCACCUCCAUCUACCCGUCAUUUGAGUUCCAGCCGAGCUGGUUGCGAACUAAAGAAUUUUGGGACCGAACGUUUGAAGAACGCUACGAGAAGAUCAAGAACGACAGCCGACGACCGCCGCUCAAGGUGAUCGUGGUUCCGCACUCCCACAACGACCCUGGCUGGCUGAAGACCUUCGAGCAGUACUUCGAGUGGAAAACCAAGAAUAUUAUCAACAACAUCGUCCAGAAGCUCCAUCAGUUCCCCAACAUGACGUUCAUCUGGACCGAGAUGUCGUUCCUGAACGCCUGGUGGGAACGCUCGCACCCGGUCAAACAAAAGGCUCUCAAAAGGUUGAUUAAAGAAGGACGACUCGAAAUAACGGCCGGUGGCUGGGUGAUGCCUGAUGAAGCCUGCACGCACAUCUACGCUCUAGUCGACCAGUUCAUUGAAGGCCAUCAAUGGAUAAAAACUAACCUCGGUAUAACGCCCAAAAUUGGCUGGUCAAUCGACCCGUUCGGCCAUGGCCCUACCGUGCCCUAUCUUCUCGACCAGAGCGGACUCGAAGGCACGGUGAUACAAAGAAUUCACUACGCUUGGAAACAGUGGCUGGCGCAGCGGCAGAUCGAAGAAUUCUACUGGGUCACGAACUUCGCCGAGAAUAAACCGUCUCUCAUCGUCCACAAUCAACCUUUCGACAUCUACUCCAUCAAGAGUACUUGCGGCCCGCAUCCGUCCGUAUGUUUGGGAUUCGAUUUUAGGAAAAUCCCUGGAGAGUAUUCGGAGUACACAGCGAAGUAUGAAGAGAUAACCGAUCAAAAUCUCCACAGCAAGUCCAAGACGCUCAUAGACGAGUACGACCGCAUCGGCUCGCUGACCACCCACAACGUAGUUCUCGUCCCACUAGGAGACGACUUCCGUUACGAAUACGCCAUCGAAUUCGACGCACAGUACACUAAUUAUAUGAAAAUGUUCAAUUAUAUUAAUACCCAUAAAGAUAUAUUCAAUGCUGAUGUUUCAUUUGGAACACCCCUCGAUUACUUUAACGCUAUGAAAGAGAGGCAUACAAAUAUACCGACCUUAAAAGGGGACUUCUUUGUCUACUCAGAUAUUUUCAGUGAAGGGAAACCCGCGUACUGGUCAGGCUACUUCACAACUAGGCCUUAUUUAAAAAUCUUAGCCCGACAGUUCGAACAUCAUCUGAGAACGGCAGAGAUAAUUUUCACGCUGGUAUCCAACUACAUAAAACAAUCGACUACGCACCUACUGGUCUCGUCUGAAAAACGAUUAGAAAAGUUCUACGAACAAUUGAUCACCGCUCGUAGGAACUUAGCUCUAUUCCAGCACCAUGACGCUAUCACCGGCACGUCCAAAUCUAGCGUUAUGUUCGAUUACGGAACUAAGAUUUUUACGAGCAUUUAUCACUGUAUUCGUCUACAAGAGGCCGCUCUGACCACGAUCAUGUUGCCCGAUACCUCGCUGCACUCUCAAAGCAUUUUACAGAGCCAACACGAAUGGGAAACCUAUGGCAAGCAGCCUAAACAACUGCAUGUCUCGGUCAUCGAUAAGAGGAAGGUCGUUCUAUUCAACUCACUUGCAGAAGAGCGCACGGAGGUCAUAUCGGUACGAUCAAACACCACGAGCGUUCGAGUCUAUGACACUCGUAAAAAAGUGUACGUUCAAUAUCAAAUCACGCCAGUUAUCGAAGUUCGAGAGCAUGGAAAAUACGUCAUCAGCGACACAAACUUUGAUAUACUAUUCGUUGCAACGCUGCCACCUCUAACUGCGGUAACUUUCAACCUCGAGGAUUAUAUGAACACGUCGCAACACUCUGUGAUCUUUUGCAACAAUUGCAGCGAUAAAAUAAUGGGCGUCGAUAAGAACGAAAAUUUCGCCGUAAAGAAGAUGAUGCCUGGCGAUAUUCAGCUGGAGAAUUCGGUUCUGAAACUCUUGGUCGACAGGAACACAGGGCUGUUGAGGCAGAUUAACAGGAAAGAUACACGACGACGGCACGUGGUUGAGAUGCAAUUUGGUGCCUACCAGAGCGCCCAGCGACACUCUGGAGCCUACCUGUUCAUGCCGGACUACGACGCUCCCGAGAAGAAGGUCCUACAUCAGUACGGCAGUAGCAACACUCAGCAAGACGAGAACAUAAUAAUUCUGUCGGGACCCGUAUCCACUGAGAUCACCACGCUGUACUUACCUCUCCUCGUUCACACCGUUAAAAUUUACAAUGUGAAAGACAUCCCUCUGUCGCACGCCGUGCACGUCGAGAACAUAGUCGACUUCGAAAGUCCUCCGAAAAAUAGGGAAACCGAACUAUUUAUGAGAUUACAGACGAAUAUACAAAACGGAGAAGUGCCAGAGUUCUACACCGAUCAGAAUGGUUUUCAGUUUCAGAAGAGGAUUAAAGUUGACAAGCUGGGCAUUGAAGGAAAUUACUAUCCGAUAACGACCAUGGCGUGGUUACAAGACGAGGAAGUGAGGCUCACUCUCAUAACCGAUCACGCGCAGGGCGCCGCGUCUUACGAACCGGGUCGUUUAGAGGUCAUGCUUGACCGUCGGACACUGUAUGAUGACCAUCGCGGUAUCGGAGAAGGGGUCGUGGACAACAAACCCACCGUGUUCCACAACUGGAUCCUCAUCGAACCCAUGUCCUCCGACCGGCAGAAGAGGGAUACGAGCGAGCACGUAUCCGGAGUUUUGAAUAGAAGGAAUUUCAGUCCGGACCAGAAGGCCACGAUAUACGAGCUACCUACACAGACAGCCGACCAUUUGAGCAAGACGAUGAACUACCCGGCAAACGUGUACCUGGUGGAUUCGAGUGAGGUAGGUGAGGUGGAUGUAAAGGCUCACCAGACGUUCGUUCAGAACUUCCCCCCGGAUAUACACCUGGUGACGUUGCGGACCAUUACCGAUGAGGCCCUGGAACAGUUUCCGAGUACCUCCUGCUUAAUGGUGUUGCAGAGGCCAGGUACCAGCUGUUCUCUAGGCGAUGGCUCCCGACGCACUUCCGCUCGUUUCACCGCUAAGACACUGUUCAACGGCCUACGAAUCUCCAACAUCACCGCAGUCAGCCUCACGGGCCUCAAAACCCACCGUACCCUCACCGGACUCCACGAUAUCGAAGUAGCACCCCUCGAAAUAAAGACCUACAAAAUUAAAUUUUAA